AUGGCGCCUGUCAAGAAGAAGAUCGCCAUCAUGACCUCGGGAGGUGACUCCCCGGGCAUGAACGGCGUGGUCCGAGCCUGCGUCCGUAUGGCACUGCACAUGGGCUGUGAUGCCUACUGUGUCUAUGAGGGCUACGAGGGCCUUGUCAGAGGAGGUGACUACAUCCGGAAAAUGGCGUGGGACGACGUCCGUGGCUGGCUUUCCGAGGGCGGUACUCUCAUCGGCACCGCCCGAUGCAUGGCAUUCUACGAGCGACCCGGCCGCCUGACUGGCGCCAAGAACAUGAUCCUCAACGGCAUCGACGCCCUCAUCAUCUGCGGCGGUGACGGCUCCCUGACUGGCGCAGACAAAUUCCGAGCGGAAUGGCCCUCACUCUUGGAUGAGCUGAUCGAGAAGAAAGAGCUCACCAAGGAGCAGGUUGCCCCUUUCCGGCACCUGAACAUCGUGGGCACCGUUGGCUCCAUCGACAACGACAUGUCUGGAACUGAUGCUACUAUUGGUGCCUACUCUGCGCUCUCGAGAAUCUGCGAGAUGGUCGACUAUAUCGAGGCCACUGCCUCAUCACACUCCCGUGCCUUCGUCGUCGAGGUCAUGGGCCGGCAUUGCGGCUGGCUGGCGCUCAUGACCGGUGUUGCAACCGGAGCUGACUUUGUCUUCAUUCCCGAGAAGCCCAGAGAGGACAACUGGAGGGAGGAGAUGUGCGCCAUCAUCAAGAAGCACCGCAGUCUGGGCAAGAGGAAGACGAUUGUCAUCAUUGCUGAGGGUGCUCACGACAAGUACGGUGGCAAGAUCUCUCCCGAUAUGGUCAAGGAUCUUCUUGCAGACCCCAAUGGCCUUCACCUCGACACUAGAAUCACUACACUUGGUCACGUUCAGAGAGGUGGCACAGCGGUUGCCUACGACAGGAUGCUGGGUACCCUUCAGGGUGUUGAGGCCGUGAAGGCCGUCCUGGAGGCUACUCCUGAGACCGAGACAUGCUUCAUCGCUAUUACCGAGAAUCAGAUCGUCCGAAGGCCACUCAUGCAGGCCGUCCAAGACACAAAAGCUGUGGCCAAGGCUAUCGAAGCUCAGGACUUUGACAGAGCCAUGUCAUUGCGGGACACCGAGUUCGCGGAUCAGUACAAGUCGUACAUGCUGACAACAACGGCCAACCUCAGCUCACAGCACAUCCUCCCUGAGAACAAGCGCAUGAGAAUCGGCUUUAUCAACGUCGGAGCACCAGCUGGCGGCAUGAACGCGGCCAUACGAGGUGGCGUGGCUUAUUGCAUUUCCCGUGGACACGAGCCAAUUGCCAUUUGCAACGGAUUCGCCGGCUUCGCAAGACAUCACGGCGACAAGCCCAUUGGCGCUGUCCGUCCCUUCGACUGGCUCGAGGUCGAUGGCUGGGCAAGCAAGGGCGGUUCUGAGAUUGGAACCAACAGAGAGUUGCCCAAGGAGUCCGGGAUGGAACUGAUCGCUGAUCUCAUCAAGCUCUACAAGUUCGACGCCCUAUUCCUUAUUGGAGGGUUUGAGGCUUUCCACGCCGUCUCGCAGCUUCGCAUCGCCCAAAAGGACUUCCCCUCGCUGCGAAUCCCCAUGGUCGUUCUACCUGCGACUAUCUCCAACAACGUUCCUGGUACCGAAUACUCUAUCGGUUCCGACACCUGCUUAAAUGAGCUGGUCAGCUACUGCGACAAGAUCAAGCAAUCUGCCUCUGCUGCCCGCCGUCGUGUUUUCGUGAUUGAGACCCAGGGCGGUCGGUCCGGCUACGUCGCGACACUCGCCGGUCUCGGUGUUGGCGCUGUCGCCGUGUAUACCCCCGAAGAAGGCGUCAGCCUGGGCAUGCUCGAGGCAGACGUUAGGCACUUGAAGACAGUCUUCGCCAAGGACAAAGGCCAGUCGCGCGCUGGUCGGCUGAUUCUCAUCAAUGAGAAGGCUUCGAAGGUGUACAACGCCAAGCUUGUGGCGGACAUCAUUCGCGAUGAGGCCCAUGAUAGGUUCGAAUCCCGUGACAGCAUCCCUGGCCACGUGCAGCAAGGUGGUGUCCCCUCUCCUAUGGACCGGUCCAGAGCUGUGAGACUUGCUAUCAAGUCCAUUCAGCAUUUGGAGAAUUUCGGCAAGAACGCCGCAGAACGUGUAAUGUCCGACCCGAUGGGAAUGUCCGUGAUCGGAAUCAAGGGCGCGGACGUCGUGUUCACACCCAUGCAGGAGGUGGAGGAGCAAGAGACCGACUGGGCAAACCGACGGCCGACCAAAGGCUACUGGUGGUACAUGAAGGAGACCGUCGAUAUUCUCGGCGGCAGGCCGGACUAUCCUAAGCCCGAGAAGAAACUGUCUGGCUUAGCUGCGAAGGACGCGAAGCGCGGUAUAUAA